AUGGAAAACACGGUGAAUGAAGACACUAAUCAUCCUAACCAGAAAACCACAGAACACAUCAUGAGAGAAGACAGCACUGCAGAGGACACUGAUGAACAGAAAAGUAACCCGACUGUGGUGAAAGUGGAUGCAACAUCUGACAUCUUUAAAGACAAGAAUGAGAAGAAAAUCAGAACAGUGCUGACUGUUGGAGAAGCUGAUAUCGGAAAAUCGUUUCAUGUACAGAAAUACAUAGAAGAGUGGGCCAAAAAUACAAAUCCUUCAUUUUUCACUUGGAUUGCAGAUAUAGCAAAAUCUUUCAUUGGUAAAGCAAAAGGGAAAGAACUAGGAAUAUUUCCACUCAGUGAGCUUAACCAGAUUAAAGAUAUGAACUUUAGCUUAGUGGGUCUUCUUAACCAUUUCUUCAGCGAAACCAAAGAAUUUGUAAUUACUAAUUUUUCACAAUUCCCAGUUUUAAUUAUCUUGGAUGGACUUGACAAAUCACAGCUUCCACUUGACUUUGACAACAACAACAUCUUGUCUGAUAUCAGUGAACCAGCCUCAGUGGACGUGCUGUUGACCAACCUUAUCAAAGGGAACCUGCUUCCUUCAGCUCAAGUGUGGAUAACGUCCCGACCUUCAGCUGGUAAUCAGCUGAAUGUUGAAAAAUGUGUUGACAGGGUGACAGAAAUACGAGAGAAGCCUGAUAUCACAAGCCAACGCAAACUCAAGUCUCAACUGAAGGAGCAGUUUACUCGUGUGUCUGAGGGCAUCGACAGGCAAAAAACCUCUGCUGUCCUGAAUGAGAUCUACACAGAGCUCUACAUCAUAGAGGGGCAGAGUGGAGAAGUCAAUGAGCAGCAAGAGAUCAGACAGGUUCAAAAUGCAAAGUUCAAACCAGUUAAACAAGAAACAGCAAUUAAAUAUAAUGAGAUCUUCACCUCUGUAGAAAAUAAACAUAUUAAAACUGUGAUGACAAUUGGAGUGGCAGGCAUAGGAAAAACUAUCGCAUCAAUGAAGUACAUGCUGGACUGGGCUGAGGGUAACGCAGUUCAAAACAUUUAUUUCAUGUUUCCAUUUCCUUUCCGAGAGCUUAAUUUGAGAAGAGAGGAACAACUCAGUUUUGAGGAUCUUCUUCAUCAGUUCUUUCCAGCUAUGAAGACCUCAGAAAUAUCUGACUAUGACAAGUACGAAAUUCUGGUUGUUCUGGAUGGCUUUGAUGAAUGUCGACUUGAUCUUGACUUCAGUGAAAGUAAUAAAUGCAUCAGUGUGAGAGAGCAAACAUCAGUCAAUAUUCUGCUGACCAACCUCAUCCAAGGAAAUCUGCUUCCUAAAGCUCAGAUCUGGAUCACCUCCCGUCCUGCAGCGUCCAACCGUAUUCCUGUUGAUAAAGUUGACCGGGUCACAGAGGUGCGAGGAUUCAAUGAUGAGCAAAAAGAAGAAUACUUCAGGAAGAGGUUUAAGGAUAAGGCUUUGGCUGAAAAAAUUCUCACCCAUGUGAAGAAAUCAAGGAGCAUUUAUAUCAUGUGUCACAUACCAGUUUUCUGUUGGAUCACUGCAAAGGUCCUGGAAGAAUAUGUGACCACAAACCAAGAUGAUGAAAUGCCCAAGACUCUUACUGACAUGUACACAUACUUUCUUUUGAUUGAGUGCAGACAGGCUAACAGAAAGUAUAAUGAAGAUAAGACCGGUGAAAGGUGUGAGAUAGAUAAAUGCUGGAAUGAAAGAAACAAGGAAACCAUUAUAUCUUUAGGAAAACUAGCUUUUGAAGAGCUUGUUAAAGGAAACUUUCUCUUUGAUGAAGAAAACCUGACAGAGUGUGGUACUGACAUCACAAAAGCUGCUGUUUUUUCUGGGAUACUGACUCAGAUCGAGAGAGAAGGUCCUUCACUGUACACACAGAAACUGUUUUGCUUUGUCCAUUUGAGCAUUCAGGAGUUCCUGGCAGCUUUCUAUGUGUUUUACGUCUUCAAUAACAAAAGUGAAAAUCUGCUUACCCCACCCCCUUCAGUGGUUUCAGAUUUGCCUCCAUCCAACUUCUACAAGAAAGCAGUGGACAAAGCUUUAGAUAGUAAACAUGGAGACUGGGAUUUGUUUCUCCGCUUCCUGCUCGGCCUCUCACUGGAGACCAAUCAGAAUCUUCUGAAAGAGCUGCUGAUAGACAGCAAAAAAAAUAACAAGGUGAUCAACAAGAAGACAGCUGAGUACAUCAAAAAGAAGAUCAAUGAAGACAUCAGUGAUGCAGAUCAAAACCUCAAUCUUUUUUACUGUUUGAAUGAGCUUAAUGAUCACUCUCUUGUUAAAGACAUCAAAGAGCAACUGCGAUCAGGAAAACAGAAUUUUGAAGAUUACUCUGCUGGUCAGUGGUCUGCUCUGACGUUUGUGCUGUUGACGUCAGAUGAGAAACUCGAUGUGUUUGAUCUGAAAAAGUAUCAGAAAUCAGAGAAAGGUCUUCUGGGAAUGUUGCCAGUGGUCAAAGUCUCAAAAAUUACCUUGCUGACUUGGUGUGAGCUCUCUGAAAAAGCCUGCAGUGGUCUGACAUCCUCAGUCCUAAGCUCUGCAUUCUCAAACCUUUUGGAGUUGAACUUUAGCCAUAAUGAUUUGCUUGAUGUGGGUGUGCAGCAUCUUGCAGAAGGCCUGAAGAGUUCACACUGCAAACUGGAGAUUCUGAAAUUGUCUGGUUGUCAGGUAACAGAGACAGGCUGCUCUUUCUUGGCCUCAUCUCUCAUAUCCAAUGCAGCUUCCCUCCUGAAACAUCUGGAUCUGAGUUAUAAUCACCCAGGAGACCGUGGAACCAGAGAACUCACUGAUAUAAAGGAAGAUCCAAAUAUGAAUUUGGACCAUGGUGGAGAGCAUCGGUUAAAACCGGGGAUAAAGAAGUAUGGUGUAGAACUGAAGUUUGACGAAACUACGGCGAGCAAAAGGCUUAUCCUAGAAGGAGACAGAAAAGUAAAAACUGUAAAGAAGGUAGAGGAGAAACCUGCACGACCUGAAAAUGAGGACAGGUUCAAGAGGUCUCAGGUGUUUUGCGUCGAGGGACUGAAAGGUCUCUGCUACUGGGAAGUAGAAUGGAGUGGGACAGUCUGCAUUGCUGCAGCAUACAAAAGAGUGGGUAGAAAUUGGGAUAGUGGUGGUGGCCUAGGAUGCAAUGAGAUGUCCUGGGCUCUGUCCUGCUCUAGAACUAAAUGCACUGCCUUGCAUGGGAAGACAUCAACAAAGCUGGAAUUACCUUCCAGUAAAAAAAUAGCAGUGUUCUUGGACUGGGAAGGUGGAAUUCUGAGUUAUUACAGUGUUUCAUCAGAAAAGCUGAGCCUCAUACACACCUUCCAUGCAAAAUUCACAGAACCGCUCUUCCCAGCAUUCUGGUUUAAAACAGGCUCUGUGACCUUAUGUGAGAUAAACUAA